AUGUCCAAAGACUCUUCCGCGACACACCUCCACCUCCACCAUCCGCGGUUGGCGGAUGUGUUUGAAGACUUCAACCGCCCACAUACCUCGUUAUUCACUCCUUCGUCCAUGAAAACAUCCGAUUCCCAGCAACAACAACAAAUAAAUGCAAUGAAUGACUUUUCAUCUCCCGCCAACAUUCCCUCAUUUCUCCCUAUAGAGGAUAUAUUCGUGCAGCCGCAGUUCCAACCAGUUAAUCCCGAAGAUGAAGACGAUGUUGUGCCGGACCAGCAUGCUGCAUUUGGCAUUACUAGAGCCAUGGACUCAAGGAGGCAAGUCGCGUGGCGGGAUUUGGGACUAGAAGAGCUGAUGAGUGGUAUGCGGUUGGUGCAAGGGGAGAGAGGCGAAACCAGGCCUGCUGGAAGAGGGAAUAAUAUUGGGCUAGGCGCAAGGGGCGGCACAGCAGCACUUCCGGGAAGUGACGCAAGGAGGCGAAAGCGGAUGGUUUGUUUAAGAUGA